ACAAAGGCAGAUCCUGUUCCAGGAGCCGGAGGCCUUGCCCUGGCCACUGUGCCAGGUGCCUCUCCUGCUGGCCCGUCUGCCGGGCGCGGCGAGGACUUGCAAGCCGUCACCGCCUGCACAGAGUCACCAGCACAGGGUCCCUCCCAGGUCUCUGCCCGUGGGGCUGACCCAUACUCAGCUGCCAGACCAGGCUGGAGCUGGGAGUUUGGCCAUGACCUCGGAGGCCUGUUCCGGUAGCCGCUGUGCCAGGAGCGGGACGCUGCGGAGGCGGGUGAUGGACGAGGACACUGCCGUCCUGAUCGACAUGGCCCCCAGGCCAGAGAAGGGGGACUCCUACGGGAGCACAGGCAGACCCUCAGAGCCGGGUGGACACCAGGCGGCCGCCUGCAGGGCGGGGACCCUUGCCAAUCCCCGGAUCGCAGACUUUGUCCUUGUUUGGGAGGAAGACCUGAGGCUCGGUCGCCAGCAGGACAAUGCCAGCCGAGACAAGACAGCCUUACACAGGGCCUGGAGGGAGACCUUUCUGGAUAACCUUCGUGUGGCUGGGUUGCAUGUGGACCAGCGUGACAUCCAGGACGAGGACAGCGCAGUACAUUACGUCCUCCUCAGUGCCCCCUGGGCCGUGCUCUGCUACUACGCAGAAGACCUGCGCCUGAAGCUGCCCCUGCAGGAGUUGCCCAAUCAGGCCUCCAACUGGUCAGCCGGCUUGCUGCAGUGGCUGGGUGUCCCCAACAUCCUGCUGGAAGACGUGCCCGAUGUGCCGCCUGAGUACUAUUCCUGCCAAUUCAAAGUGAGCAAGCUGUCACGGUUCCUCGGGAGUGACAACCAAGACACAUUCUUCACCUGCACCAACAGGCACCAGAUUAUAUUUGAGAUCCUGGCCAAGACCCCCUACGGCCACGAGAAGAAAGGCCUGUUUGGGGUUGACCAGCUGCUGUCACAGGGCGUCUUCAGGGCAGCCUUCCCCCUGCACGACGGCCCCUUCACGGCGCCCCCAGAGGGCCUGCGGGCCACAGGCCUCAGCCAGCGGCACAUCCUGUUCCGGCACUGGGCCCAUUGGCGUAAGUGGUACAAGUACCAGCCCCUGGACCAUGUGCGCAGGUACUUCGGGGAGAAGGUGGCCCUGUACUUCGCCUGGCUCGGGUUCUACACAUGCUGGCUCCUUCCAGCGGCAGUGGUGGGCACGCUGGUAUUCCUGGUGGGCUGCUUCAUGGCCUUCUCAGACACACCCACGCAGGAGGUGUGCAGCAGCGCAGACAGCUUCGAGAUGUGCCCACUCUGCCUCGAUUGCCCCUUCUGGCUGCUUUCCAGCGCCUGUGCCCAGGUCCAGGCCGGCCGGCUCUUUGACCACGAAGGCACCGUCUUCUUCAGCUCGUUUGUGGCGCUGUGGGCCGUGCUGUUCCUGGAGUACUGGAAGCGGAAAAGCGCCACGCUGGCCUAUCGCUGGGGCUGCUCCGACUUCGAGGACAUCGAGGAGAGGCCUCGGCCCCAGUUUGCCGCUUCGGCCCCCACGACGGCCCCGAACCCCAUCACUGGCGUGGACGAGCCCUAUUUCCCCAGGAGGAGCCGCGUGCACCGCGUGCUGGCUGGCUCUGUGGUGGUCGCCAUGAUGGUGGCCGUGGUGGUCAUGUGCCUCGUGUCCAUCAUCCUGUACCGGGCCAUCAUGGCCAUCCUGGUGUCAAGGUCGGACAACACCCUGCUGGCCGCCUGGGCAUCGCGUAUCGCCAGCCUAACGGGGUCCGUGGUCAACCUCGUCUUCAUCCUCAUCCUCUCCAAGCUCUACGUGGCCCUAGCCCAUGUCCUGACGAGAUGGGAAAUGCACCGGACGCAGACCAGGUUCGAGGAUGCCUUCACCCUCAAGGUCUUCAUCUUCCAGUUCGUCAACUUCUACUCCUCGCCCAUCUACAUUGCCUUCUUCAAGGGCAGGUUUGUGGGGUACCCGGGCAGCUACCACAGCUUGUUUGGGGUCCGCAACGAGGAGUGUGCUGCCGGAGGCUGCCUCAUCGAGCUGGCUCAGGAGCUACUGGUCAUCAUGGUGGGCAAGCAGGUCAUCAACAAUGUGCAGGAGAUCCUCGUCCCGAAGCUGAAGGGCUGGUGGCAGAAGUUCCGGCUUCGCUCUAAGAGGAAGGUGGGGGCUUCGACAGCGGCUGGCCAGGCACCCUGGGAAGCAGACUAUGAGCUCCUGCCAUGUGAGGGCCUGUUUGAUGAGUACCUCGAAAUGGUGCUGCAGUUCGGUUUCGUCACCAUCUUCGUGGCCGCCUGCCCGCUGGCGCCGCUCUUCGCGCUGCUCAACAACUGGGUGGAAAUCCGCCUGGACGCGCGCAAGUUCGUGUGCGAGCGCCGGCGCCCGGUGGCUCAGCGUGCGCAGGACGUCGGCAUCUGGUUCCCCAUCCUGGCGGGCAUCACGCACCUGGCCGUCAUCAGCAACGCCUUCCUGCUGGCCUUCUCGUCGGACUUCCUGCCGCGCGCCUACUACCGGUGGACCCGCGCCGGCGACCUGCGCGGCUUCGUCAAUUUCACGCUGGCGCGCGCCCCGCCCACCUUCGCAGCGGAGCACAACCGCACGUGCAGGUAUCGGGCCUUCAGGGAAGACGAUGGGCGUUACUCCUGGACCUACUGGCAUCUUCUGGCCAUCCGCCUGGCUUUUGUCAUCGUGUUUGAGCACGUGGUGUUCUCCAUCAGUCACGUCCUUGACCUCCUGGUACCUGACAUCCCCGAGUCCGUGGAAGUCAAGGUGAAGAGGGAGUACUACCUAGCCAAGCAGGCACUGGCCGAGAACGAGACCCACUCCUGCCUCUUCCUGUCCUGUCCACGCAGGGUCGCGCCUGCCCAGCACAGCCCCACUGUCAGCUCUGCACCGUGUUCCGGGUCCCAGCUGUGGAGGGAGUUCACCGCCCCACCCAGCCCUCCAUUCCCCAUUGUCCGCCAAGGCCUCCUGGUUCCAUCUUCCUAUUUCUUGAACUGGGCCCCCCUUCCCUCCUGGCCACUCAACAGCCUGGUAGCUCAGUAGGACCUGCAUUGGACCCCGUCCGCUGGCUUCGCGAAGCUCUUCCCAUGUUGACCUUCUGUCAACUGCUGUGUGUGGUUGGUCCCUUGCUGCUCCCCCGUGAGCUGGGCGCUCCUCUUCCUCCCGUCAUAAAUCAUGCUGGAACAGAAGUCUGGAAAUACACUGUGCUUCCGGGACUUCUCAGGCUUUGUGCCUGUUCUGUCUCAAACUCUGUCAUUUUACAGUAAAUUUACUGAAACUUAAGAAAAUGCUGGUCACGUGUUCGGCUUUCGUGAACAUACUACUGCAGUCAGCAUGUCAAUGAAGACAGGGCCCUGACUACCAGGACCCAGGGUGGGGCGCGGGCCCCUCCCCACACAACCCUCCUCCCACCCAGGGCAGCCACCACCUCGGCCUCGAAAGCCAGGAUGGAACUGGCUGUGGAGCCCAGUGUGACCCUGAGCUUGACCGGUGCCGGUGUCACUGCCAUGCUGGCCGCGGUGCAGUGCUCCCUGAAGGAAGACGCCACCACCGGCCCCUGCUGCCUGCUGCCGCCUCCCUCACCCCACUGGCCUCUUCCAGGUUUUUCUGACAUGAGGGUGACCCCUCCCCAUCGUAGCUCAGCACUUGCUCGGUGCUGGGAGACUUCCCCAGGAAUGCCACCCAGGUCUGCGAGAGGGAAUUCAGGCAGACUCCUGAGCAAGGACGUGGCAGGGCGCUGCUUGACAGCAAGGAUGCCGUCACCCAAUGGUGACGGCAGUCUGGGCCAGGUAGCCAGCCAGCUGUGACCACUGCUGGCCUCACACCGCACCACAGCUCCUGCAUGGCAGGCUGUUAAAAUGGGGUUGAGAACCACAUGCCAGCUGGGAGAACCACGCCGAAGCCCACCACCAUCUACAGAUGUCCAGGGACCCCUCGCUGGCAGCGUGAAAACACCCCCCAUUUCCCAGGACCAGGGACACACAUAUG